GCUUCACGACGCAAUUAGACCAGAUCAUGUAAAUUGUAAAACAUUCUCUAUCGUUAGUAAAAAUUAACUAGUUUGUAUUAUACACGUGAUAGUUACAAUAAUAACCACAAAUUUUUUAAUGAGCUUCCGAGACUCAUUCUGUAGACUGAAACUCGUACGUUGGCAGGCCGUGAAAAAUGUUUUCAACGUAACAAGUUUUACUAUAGAAAAAUAAUUGUUUAAUUUAGAAACACAAAAAGGAAAAACAUUAUAAGUGCUAAAACUGUUUUUUUUUGAGUUUCAAGUACUGUGCAAUCUUUAAAAGAACAUGGGAAAUAACGAAUAUGAGAUCAGAAAAUCAGAGGAACUUGGUCGGUACUUAGUAGCAGCAAGAGAUCUUGCCCCAGAUGACGUAGUUCUUACAGAGUUGCCCCUUGUUUAUGGACCUAAAUCCAUGCCUGACCCAGAGGCUUUAAUGCCGUGUGUGGGAUGUUAUAAACCUAUAUUUACUGAUGUCGGUGAAAGAUGCUCCAGAUGUGGCUGGCCGGUUUGUUCUGGCAACUGUCCAGGCUUGAAAGAUCCUCUCCAUCACGGUGUUGAAUGUGAAAUACUGAGCGCGCGUCCAGAAUGUGUUUUGGACAACAUGGCUGAUUAUUACCGACACGAUGCUCUACUUCCAUUACGCUGUGCUCUUCUUCAAUAUACAGAUGAUGAUAAAUGGAAAAAACUUUUAGAACUUCAGUCACAUAUGGAAUGUCGAGUACCGGGAACAGAUGCUUAUGAUGAGGCAGAUGAAUUCACUGUUAAAUAUCUUAUGAACGUUUUCAUCAACAAGAUUGAUAAAAAUGUUAAAAAUAAAUAUCUUAAUCUUAUAUCUGGAGAACUGUUGCACAAAAUUUGUGGCAUAAUCGACACUAAUGCGUUAGAAAUAAGACUACCAAAUGGAUCUGAACUUAACGCAUUAUACGCAACAACAUGCAUGAUGGAACACAGCUGUGUCCCAAACACAAAGCAUUUAUUCAACACAUCAGGAAAAGACGUUAAAGACAAAUAUAAAAUUACAGUGAAAGUCGUCGUACCCAUUAACAAAGGGGAUCACGUAGCGACAAUGUACAGCCAUGCUUUAUGGGGAACACAAGCCAGACGGCAACAUUUGAAAGAUACCAAAUAUUUCUCCUGCAAGUGCAUACGUUGUAGUGACCCUACCGAGUUGGGAACUUAUUUAAGCGCCAUGAAGUGUUUUGGCGAUGAUAAGGGUCCAUGUGAUGGAAUUCAUUUACCUGAAGACCCGCUAGAUGAAGAAACCGACUGGGCUUGUAAUAAGUGUACAGUAAAAGUAAACAAUUCUCAAAUAAAUAUCCUCAUAUCUGAAAUGGGUGAAGAGGUAGAGAAUGUGCAAAUGAUGGGAGGUUCUGUGAACAUGUUAGAAAAUGUUUUAUGUCGAUUAUCGACAUUUCUACAUCCAAAUCAUUAUCACCUUUAUUCAAUAAAACAUUCACUUAUACAGUUGUAUGGGAGACAAUCUAGUUAUAUGUCUGAAGAAAUAUUGGACAAGAAAAUUAAGAUGUGCAAGGAUUUGAUUUUCAUAACGAAGACUUUGGAUCCAGGUAACGCAAGACUUAGUUUAUACUCCGCAAUCCUGCAUCAUGAGUUACAUUCAGCUUUGGUACUGAAGUCAAAAAAGGCUACUAAAGAUGGAUCACUUAGAACUGUCGAUGAAAUUAGACCAUUGAUUGAUGAAGCGAAAUUGUCAAUAGAAGCAGCUUUAUCAUCCCUAAAAGAUGAUGUUGAGGAGACAUCAGGUAAAAAAUUGCAUGAAGUUAUCGAAAAAAGUAGACUUGACUUCGUCAACUACUGUGAAUCAAAAAACAUCAACAUUUAAUAUUUUAUUUAUUGUCAAUAAACUUAUAAAUAAAAAUAACUUAAAUACUUAACAAUAAUAUCACAGAUCUUCUAAAUAUUUGGCAAACGAGACAUGACAUGGUAACUUUUUCGCUUUUAUUACAACUUAAGAGAUUAAAUAAUGGUAUAAAUUUAAUAAAUUGUUGAUAAAAAAUUAAAGGUAACUAUGUUAAUUCACCUAACCACCCCUCAGGUACCAACUUAAACCUUUUCUAGCAUUAUCAUUAUUGACACUGGAUACAAUCCAAUCAGUGAAUUUUGAAACCCUUGUAUAAAUUCCUGGCAUCUUCGCUCUGGCACAACCACUGCCCGUUGAUACCACUCCAAUAAGCAUAGUAUGACCCUUUUCACCUUGCAGCAUAAGUGGACCUCCACUGUCAGCCUGAGAUUUAAGUGUUUAUCAAGUUAGAACAUUAUCAAUCCUUUCCAUAGAUAACAAUGAAAUUAUGAUCUUCUUACCCAGCAUGAAUCCCGUCCUCCUUGUUUAUAACCAGCGCACAUCUGAGUUGCAAUAAUUCUUACUUUACUUCCCUGGGAUUCAUACCAACUAUUGCAUUCGCCGUUUUCUACUACAGUAACUUCGGUUUUUUGCAAAACGUUCGGUCUCUCACCUACAAAAUUGGAUUUAGCGUUUAUUUCAAAUCAUAGCAAAGUAUUAUCUACUUCACCUACUAACCUACUUACUGAGUGUAUUGAUUAUUCUUAUAGAUAAAACUUAAUUAACCAUUUAAAAUGACAAAUAAUAUAAUCAAAUUAAGUGAAAAAAAUGUGUUUUGUUAUCAUCUAAAUGGUUCUAUUUUAAGUAAAUUUUACUUGGAACUUCAUUUGUUUAUUAAAAAGUUCAAUUUAAAAUUCUUACACUAAUUUCUUCAGUAUUUUAUGUUGUACGAAAUUUUCUAAAAAACCAGUCCGAUAGUUUUUGCUUGAUCGAUUAUCAAGUGAAGGUAAAUAAAUUUCUGUACAUUCACAUAAUGACGUGACAGGAUGAUAAAGAGUUACAUUUAGUUAAUUUUAAAGCUCAUUCAAUAUGCAACAGAUAUAUAAUAAAAUAUAUUAACCAA